AUGAGCGAGGAAAGCGAAUUCAAAGACUUCCAAGAUGAUAAUGAUCACGGAUACAAAGUCGCCGCUAAAAAGACACUCGCAGAAUAUCAAAAUUUAGACGCAGAAGAUGAAUCCCUAGCCAAAUGGAAAGAAAGUCUAGGUCUAAGUGCAAAUACUUUGCCUCUAGAAUUUCCAGGUGAUCAGCGCAAGGUUAUGAUUCUCAAAAUUCAGCUGCUGGUCAACACUGAACAAAACCCAGUCACCUUUGAUCUCACGAACGAAAAAACGAUCAAGGAACUGGCCACCGUGCGCCACAAGAUCAAGGAAAGCUCAGCGUUCAAAUUGAAAAUUACGUUCAAAGUGCAGCAUGAGAUUAUUACGGGGCUCAGGUAUGUUCAAUACGUCAAGAAGGCAGGUAUUGCUGUUGAUAAGAUCGACGACCACCUCGGUUCUUAUGCACCAAACACCACAACAAAACCAUUCUACGAAGUCGAACUACCCGAAAGCGAAGCCCCUAGUGGGUUUUUUGCUAGAGGCAGCUACAGCGCUGUUUCUAAGUUUAUUGAUGAUGACAAAACUAACCAUUUGACUCUGAAUUGGGGGGUCGAAAUUGUCAAAAAAUAG